AUGGCUCCGGCAGCUCUGCCCCUCUUAAAGAUACUCCGCCGGAAGAUAGUCAGAACAACGAUUACAGAACCUAUCCCUUCCGCACCCUACUAUUGGUUCGAGGAGAGAAGUGUGCUAGGUGAAAUGAUUCGUCGUGUUUAUGUCUAUAAGGAGGUUAUAUCCAUCCUUCAUACAUUCAGCUUGUCAUCCACCUUCUCGGUUGAUGCCAGUAAACCUUCCUUGAUGGGUUACAAGUCAUCAAACCACGACGACGUUGUCCCAAGACGCGGAGUUCAUCGCUGGUAUGAGGAAUUUCGCAACGCAGUCGAGAAAUGGAGUCGUCUGGAUCUCGUCCAGAGCCUUGCAUCGCAUCAUGACAUUGCUAAGGAGAUUCGAGGUUUCAUAAGACGCCAUCCGACUAGGCAUCACUGGGGCGCUUCGGAUUUACCACAUAACUGGGAGACAAGCGGAAUUAUCCCGGCCGUUGUUACCCUUAUGAAAUCCAGUGACAAUGUCGAAAAAGUUAUGCAUAUAGAAGCUACCACCGCAGAGUCAGUGAUCGAAAUAUUAGACAAGGUGCUUGACGUCCAAAAUGAGUAUAUAGACCGCAUAGCUUCGUCUAUCCAACAUACUCUCCAGCGACUCUGCCGUAAAUUUGCCUAUCUUCCGUCUUCUUGCCAUCUAGCACCCUCCCGAGUUAGAUUUCUCGGCAGAGAAAGAGUAGCCAGUACGUCAUUUGGGGGUGUAUGGCGAGGCGAACUGGCUUCGGAAUCCGAGCCUUCUACUAUGACAGUUGCCUUGAAAGGGUUCUAUUUCCAAAACAGGGAGGAGUUAGAGAAUAUCCGCAAGCAAUUCUACAGAGAGGCUAUUCUAUGGAAGCAGCUUCAUCAUACCAACAUCGUACCGUUUUUAGGUGUCAGUGCCACAGACACCAUGGAGUUGAUGUUCGUGAGCCCAUGGAUGGACAAUGGGGAUAUCGUCAGCUACUUGGAGAAGCAUCCCGAAGUAGAGCGAGUGUCCAAGAUCAUGAAUAUCGUGGAUGGUCUCUCGUAUCUUCACACGCGGAACAUCAUUCACGGCGAUUUAAAGAGCGCUAAUAUUCUGGUCAAUAGAGUUGGAGUACCCUGUCUAGCUGACUUCGGUCUUUCUACAGUCAUAUACAAUGCCGACACUGUCAACAUCACGUCGAGGACAACAGGGAGAGCGGGUACGUUGCGGUGGAUGGCACCAGAACUUUUCGAUCCCGAGCGGUUUGGGCGUGAUCAUGCAUAUCUCGCUCACGAGACCGACGUAUAUGCAUUAGCGAUGGUGAUGGUGGAGGUGUUCACCCUCAAUUUGCCAUUCGCUGAAGUCAAACGAGAUCAAGCAGUCCAAUACAUGGUUGUUCAAGGAAAGCGGCCGUCGCGUACCCCUGAAAUGGAUUCGUAUGGACUCAACGAUGGAAUCUGGAAGCUGAUGACAGAGUGCUGGGAUGCAGAUUAUUCGAGACGUCCCGCGCUUCCUGAUGUGCACACGAGACUUCUCAUGUCGACUGUCUAA